AUGGCAACACCCGAGUCUUGUCGCAGAACUGCGGGUGUUCAUCUCCGGAUCCUCUUUGACAGCGUCGAGAAUGGCGGAGUCUUGGACAGUGUGGGAGCGUCCCGACCGGGGCUUGUCUUCGAUGUUGGUGCAUCCGCUUGCAAAGCGAGCGAACCAGCGCUUGACAGUCCUGAUGGUAGUGGUGCCCUCGCCCAAUCUGCUGCUGAUGUUGCGGGUUGCUGCCGUUGCUCCAAUGCCGCCACGCCAUAG